AUGCAGAAAGACAAGGACGGAUGGACGGCAGGGGGGGGGGGGCGUAACCGGGCGGUGGUGGUGUCUGUGGCUCAGUUUGAUCACGGGGUGACGCUGGGCAGGAGGCCCGGGGCCGAGAGGGACGCCAAGAAACUCCACCGCACCCUCAGCAAACUGGGCUUCAAGGUUGACAUCCACAGUGACCUCGGGAGUGAGGAAAUCUACGAGCUGUUUCAGGAAGAGAGCAGGCGGCCGGUGAAGGAUUGUUUUCUGGCCGUGUUUUCGUCUCACGGAGACGAAGGCUGCGUGUUCGGAGCUGAUGGGAAACCCGUCUGGCUGUCUCAGAUUUUCAGAUAUUUUGAUAAUGAACAUAUGGAGAAAAAGGCCAAACUGUUCCUCAUACAGGCGUGUCGAGGACACGAUCUGGAUGAUGGUGUGGAGGUGGAUUCGGUCUCUGAUACCAGAGAGAGCAGCUUCGCACAGUAUCUCUCUGUUCCUGUAGAUACCGCCGUGAUGUACGCCACUACAUCAGGUUAUGGUGCCUUCAUGAGCCCUCUGGGAUCCGUCUUCCUACAGACUUUCUGCACCUUAUUAGAGGACGAAGGAAACCGCAACCUGGAGCUGACUCGCCUGAUGACCCGUCUCUCCAACAGGGUGGCCUACACCUUCCAGGCCAAAGGUCGGCAGCUCGACGGGAAGAAAGAAAUGCCCUGCCUCCUGACACGCCUGACCAGAGAGGUGUUCCCGUUCGCUGAGGCGGGGAAAGACGGCGGGGCCGCGGGUCUCUCAGCCACGUCACUGCUGACUGAAAACGUCAGACAACGGGCUCCUUCAAUCAGUUAGACUGUGUGUUGUGCAUGACUGCAUGUGAGCGUGUGAAAACUAUAAUUAUCAGCAGGAAUGUGGAUGCGUGAGAGGAGAUAAGUGACCAGACGCCGCAAACAGCUGAUCUCUGUGGAUUUUUCCACUCACAGAACCGAGAAACCUGUUUCAAGGUUUCAUCAAGGAAAUAUUGUCGACAUGCUGCACCAGCUGAUCAUAAAUCCAUCAUGAUGUUUGUGAGUAAAGUCUUUAUGUUGUUAGGAACUAAUAACUAGUUUCAAACUGGUGAUUUACUAAAUCCAGUUGCACCAUCAAAACUUAAAGGACACGUAUUCUGCACAUUUCCAGGUGUAUAUUUAUAUUCUGUUCUCUUUAUAUUCU